AUGGUCUCGGCCGGCUACGUGCUGCCGCCCCAGUGCCAGCCUGUCCCUCUCGAGCCGCGCCGGCGACCACCUCCAGUCGCGGCCACCACCACCAGCAGCAGCUCCACUGGUGGGCGCCGUCACAGCAUCUCGUGCUCCCCGGUCCGCGGAGUCCUGCCGGCCUCGGCCGCCGCUGCCGUGGCCGCCGCCUCGGCCGACGCCCAGCUCCUGGGCCAGAAGCGCCGGUUCUCGCUGCCCUACAACAACUGUGGCAGCGGACUCGACGCGGGCGUCCCGCUGACGGCCUUCCUGCCCUCCGAGUUCAAGCGCCGACGGACCUCCACCGCUCCAUCGUCGCCGAGACCAGCCGCUGAGCCAGGCCUGUUUGUGCUACUGUCGACAGAAACCCCCACACUCCCGAGCAUCGGCGAGCUGGUGGGAAACCACCCCGAGCCCUGUCUUCCGCCCCACACGGCCGCUACGCCCGACCACCCGCACUUCUCGCCCAGCCUGGCCGCGCCGGUGCCUCUCGACCAACAACAACAAACCGUGGUCAUGGCGUCGCAUCCGAUUGUGAUGACGAUGGACCACCCCUCCACAGCCCUAUACAGCAAUCCGACCUCCUCGACCAUCAUGUCGACGACGUCGUCGUCGUCUUCUACGCCCACCUCGUCUGCUCCGUCCUCGCCCAGAGUUCAGCGUUUCGAAAGCGCGGCCGACCAGCAGCUCGCACGCGACGAGGCCCACGCCGAGAAGGCCCGCCGUGCUGAGCGCGUGGCCGAGAUCCUCGAACUGAUGGACCGUCAGAACAACGGCACCGCAGCCACCGACGCCCAGACCACUGCCUUGGGCGACGCGGAACACGACGGGUCGUGGCCGGUUGCGGGCGACGUGAAGCGGCGGCGCGUGGGCAAGGACCAGACGGGCAUACUGGACCUCAUGUUCAAGGUGGAGCCGAUGCCGACGCAGGUCACGAAGAAGCGCCUGGCCGACGGUCUGGGAAUGACCUACAAGCAGGUCCAGAUCUGGUUCCAGAACAAGAGGGCGCGGUGCAAGCGAGCCGUCGAGGCGCCGCCGCGGUCGUCGCACACGUUCCACAACGUGCUGGUCUCGUCCGACGGCCGCUUCAUGAUUAAGGAGCUCGCCAAGGCCCGCCAGCAAUCCCAGCAGCAGUCGCCGUCCCAUCAGCUCUACGACCACCAGCUCCACCGCCACCACGAGCCCUCUGCCGCGCCACCACCGGUCGCUCUGCGGUCUUGUAUCCUCACCCAAUAG